ACCAAAGUUCGUUACAUCAAGACUGAAUGAUAUCUGUAGCGCUAACGUACCGGUAAAGAUUUCCAAUAUGAAGGCUCUGAGUGGACUCGCUGUUUGUACCUUGAUGGUAAUCGGGAUACACUUUGCCGCAUCUUGUUCUAUAGCUAGUAACUGGCGUCCACAAGACUUCGUUACCCGAAUGGAGAAAGCUGAAAUUGCAUUCAAGGGUAGAGUUAUCCACAUGCCACAACCACCACCAUCCCAUGGGCUGUAUACGGUCAAGUUUGAAGUCGACUGUGUCUACAAAACGUCUCUACCGAUCACGAAAGGAGUAAACGUGUCCAGGUUCGGAUAUGUAGGAGGGCUUUGUAUCUCUACAAUGGUUACCGAAGGGGAAUCCUACAUAGUGUUAGCAAGAGCCCCUUAUGCUGCAGGAGAAAGCGUGAUGACCCAUGAGGUUAACGUACAACCCGCUGCUGAAACUGCUGCACCAAAUCUCAUCGCCAGUGUGCAAAAUGUGCAUUCCUGCCAAAAACCUAAAUAACAAUCUGUUGGGUUUGCAUUAAACCCUUAUAGGCACUGGACACGUUGGUUACUCUUAGCAUAAAACCUUACUUGGGAACGAGCAACGGAGAGCUAAUGACCUUGUGAGAAACGAUUCACUCUGAAGUAUCUGAAAUAACGUAGUUUUUGUGCAUUCCUGCCAAAAACCUAAAUAACAAUCUGUUGGGUUUGCAUUAAACCCUUUUAGGCACUGGACACGUUGGUUACUCUUAGCAUAAAACCUUACUUGGGAACGAGCAACGGAGAGCUAAUGACCUUGUGAGAAACGAUUCACUCUGAAGUAUCUGAAAUAACGUAGUUUUUGUGCAUUCCUGCCAAAAACCUAAAUAACAAUCUGUUGGGUUUGCAUUAAACCGUUUUAGGCACUGGACACGUUGGUUACUCUUAGCAUAAAA